AUGUUGUUCGUCUGGGCGCUUCUCGCCUCCGCCGCGCUUCUCGUCGACGCCAAUGCCAACAAGUGCACGUAUGACGGGCAGGAGAUCGAAGCCGGAAAGACUGUCACUGUGCGCAACAGUUUCCGCAUCAAAUGCAUCGCCGAGAACAAUGGCGGAUGGUCGACAACGAUUGUCGGAUGUGUGACGCCGGAUGGGCAAGAGAUCGAAAUCGGACAAAACUCCACCGGCGAUCGCGUUUUUGAGUGCAAAAAGAACGACGCCGGUCAAGUGAUGCUUCAGGAGAUUCGUUCGGCUCGCACGACAUGCCAGUCGGGACACAAAAUCGGCGAAGAAUGGGUCGAGAAGAGCUUCAAACACAAAUGCGGACCCGAAGGCGUCACUGAGAUCAGCGGAUGCGUCGUCGGCGAUGACAAGACGUUCAUCGCGUUGGGUUCGACGAGCGUCAUUCGUGGCGUCGAGUAUGAGUGCAAGAAGAAUGACGACAAUUCGGUGGCGUUCCAGGCGACGGGAAGAUGCGUCACUAAAGAGAAUGAGUUCAAGAAUAAUGGCGACGAGUAUCGCGAUGGUAACUUUAUGCGUCAAUGCGACAACGGCGUCGGAAAGAUUAUCGGAUGCGCUGCUGACGGCGUCAGCGACACGAUUCCAAUCGGCAAGAACGUGACCGUCGGCGAUCAGAUCUACAGUUGUCUCAAGGAGAACGACAAGAUUCUCUUCAAGAAGUACUCAACGAAUCCAAAUUUGACCAACGUUUACGCGCAAUGCUCGCAUCAGGGCAAACUCUACAGUAACGGCUCAACAUUUAUUGUGCAAAACGCGUUCCGCGUGCGUUGCGUCACGUUCCCGAAUCUCACAGCGACACUCGAGACAAUCUCAUGCAUCACACCAGCCGGCGUCGAGAUUCCCAUCGGCACCAAAUUGGAAGAGGGCGAUCGCGUUUUGGAAUGCACCGCCGGCAAUGUCUCGCUGAAAUCGUGGCCGGGCAAAAGCAGCAAUUGUCAGGGAGUGCAUAAGCUGGGAGAGGAAUGGGUCGAGGGCUCGUUCAAGCUCCGAUGUGAGCCCUACGGCAAGACGAAUCUCACCGCGUGUUUGACGAAAUCUGGCGUCGAGAUUCCAUUGGGCUCAUCGCAGAAGCUUCCCGAAGGCUACACGAUGGAGUGCGUUAGUGUCGACGGUCAAGUGAUUCUGCGACAGGCGGCGGCUUCUGAAUGCACGGCGUCGAACGGGCAGACGAAGAAAAUUGACGAGACCUGGGUUGAGGGCAACUUUGUGCGCAAAUGCUCGCAAUACGGCAUCGCGUUGAUCACCGCGUGUCACGUCGACGGUUUCGGCGAGAUUCCGCUGAAUCGCAACGCGACGUCGGGCAAUCAUGUCUACAUGUGCGGCAAAGACGGCGACAAAUAUUCGUUCAACACCGGCCGCACUUUAUAA